AUGGAUCUGCGCAAUACCAUUCAGUCCACGCUGUCAGCAGAUGCCACAGUCCGUUCCCAGGCUGAGGCUACCCUCAGGGCUGCUGAACAGCAUCCUGGCUUUAUCACCGUCCUCUUGGACAUUAUCCAGUCUGAGCAGGAUUCUGCUGUCCGACUCUCCACUGCCGUCUAUCUCAAAAAUCGCAUCUCGCGGGGCUGGGCCACUGAGAACACUCCUCAUCAACCCAUCUCCGAUCCUGAGCGAAAACCCUUCAGAGACCGCCUCCUGCCUGCGCUGUCGACCUCUCCUCCUCUCAUUCGAGCCCAACUCAUUCCCAUCCUCCAGACCAUCCUCCAGUACGACUUUCCUGCAAAAUGGCCCGAACUCAUCGAUAUCGCCAUGCAAUUGUUGAAUACUCAAGAUGCGAACUCCGUCUAUGCUGGUCUGCAGUGUCUUCUGGCUGUCUGUCGCACAUAUCGUUAUCGUGCAGGCGAAGAGAGGGCCAACCUUGACAAGGUCGUCGUUGUCUCUUUCCAAACUGUUCUGGGCAUCGGCAAUAAGUUGGUCAAUGAUACCAGCAUCGAGGCCGGUGAGAUGUUGAGACUGGUCGUGAAAUGCUACAAACAUGCCAUCUACUAUGCUCUGCCUCAGCCACUUCAAUCCCACCAGGCCACCGUUGAUUGGUGCACUUUGUUCCUAACAGUCAUCUCCAAACAAGCACCCGAUUGCGCCAUGGAUGAUGAUACAGAUGAGCGAGAACGAAACCACUGGUGGAAAGCCCGGAAAUGGUCCUAUGCCAAUCUGAAUAGGCUCUUCGUGAGAUAUGGAAAUCCCUCCGGACUCUCUUCCCAACAAGAAAAGGAAUAUGGUGACUUUUCCAAGAGCUUUAUCACAAACUUCGCCCCCGAAAUCCUUAAAGGCUAUCUCCAGGAGAUCGAGAAGUGGGUGGGUGGUAACCAUUGGCUCAGCAAGCCUUCACUAUCAUAUACCUUGAUCUUCCUGGAAGAAUGCGUCAAACCAAAAGUCAUGUGGGACAAGCUCAAGCCGCACAUGGAUAUCCUGAUCAAGCAUCUCAUCUUCCCCGUCCUGUGUCAAUCCGAUGACGACCUAGAGCUCUUCACCGACAACCCCCCCGAUUAUCUGCAUCGCAAAUUGAAUUUCUUCGAAGAGGUCUCCGCUCCUGACAUGGCCGCCACCAAUUUCUUGAUUGCCUUGACCAAGUCACGCAAACAACAGACCUACGGCAUUCUAUCCUAUGUGAAUGAGGUUGUCACUCGAUACGAGGCCGCUCCUGAUGAUCAGAAGAAUCCGAGGGAAAAAGAAGGCGCACUUCGUAUGAUCGGCUCCCUUGCCAGUGUAAUCCUAGGAAAGAAAAGUCCAAUCGCUGACCAGGUCGAAUACUUCUUUGUCCGCCAUGUCUUCCCAGAGUUUAGGUCUCAACAUGGUUUCCUGCGAGCACGAGCCUGCGAAACUAUGGAGAAAUUCGAGCAACUGGAAUUCAAAGACCAGAACAACCUCAUGAUCAUCUACAGGAAUAUUCUGGAGUCCAUGGCAGAUCCUGAAUUACCGGUGAGGGUGAUGGCCUCCUUAUCGUUACAACCCCUCAUCAGGCACGAUGCCAUCCGCUUGGCCAUGCAAUCAAAUAUUCCACAAAUCAUGCACCAGCUUUUGAAGUUGAUGAACGAGGUUGAUGUCGAUGCUCUGUCCAACGUCAUGGAGGACUUCGUCGAGGUGUUUGCAGAACAACUCACACCUUUCGCGGUGGCUUUGAGCGAGAAUCUUCGGGAUACAUACCUCCGCAUCGUCAAAGACAUCGUCGAUCGAAAUGAGGCAAGGGCAAGCGACGAUGGCCCUGCUUAUGGCGACUAUCUCGACGACAAAUCGAUCGCGGCCUUAGGCGUUCUACAGACUAUAGGAACGCUUAUCCUCACCCUCGAGGCAACGCCUGACGUUCUCCUGCUGCUCGAGACAAUUCUUAUGCCCGUGAUAACAAUCACCCUUGACAACAAACUUUACGACCUUUACAACGAGGUUUUUGAAAUCAUUGACUCUUGCACUUUUGCGUCCAAGUCCAUAUCACCAACCAUGUGGCAGGCAUUCGAGCUCAUGCAUAAGACAUUUAAGGAUGGUGCAGAAUUGUACCUGGAAGACAUGCUACCGGCUCUUGAUAACUUUGUCACCUACGGCACUCAAAGAUUGAUUGAGCAUCCCCCAUACCUGGCCGCUGUUUCAGGCAUGGUUAGAGACAUCUUUGCGGACCCCAAGGUUGGUGGCGUGGAUCGUAUUUGCGGCUGUAAACUAGCGGAAGCGAUCAUGUUGAAUUUGCGGGGUGGUCCAAUCGACAGUUACAUUCCUACCUUCAUUACGCUGCCGAUGGAAGUCCUUACCGGUCCACAAGCCAAGUCAAUUAUGAAGAGCUACAAGAUUCACCUGGUGGAGAUGGUCAUCAACGCCAUCUACUACAACCCCAUCCUUGCUCUACAGGUCCUUGAGUCACAUGGCUGGACCAACAAGUUCUUCUCCAUAUGGUUUGGCAGCAUCGACUCAUUCCGCCGGGUCCAUGACAAGAAACUGUGCAUCGCGGCGAUAUCAUCACUUCUCACGAUUCCGGGAGACCGCGUCCCCCAAUCGGUGCAAACUGGCUGGCCUCGCUUACUCACCGGCGCAACCUAUCUUUUCCGCACUCUUCCUGCCGCCAUGAAGCUGCGUGAGGAUGCCGUAAAAGCGUCUGAUGGUGUUAGCGACACCCUCUCGGAAUAUGCGUCUGACGAUGAUGCGGAGGACUGGGCAGAUGAACCUUCUGAAGGGCAACAAGCACAUGAAUGGGGUAAUGUCAACGCUGCCACCAUUCCUGACACCAAAGGGGACAUCAAAGAUGAGUCUCAAGCUUAUCUGGACUUCCUAAGCGAAGAAGCCAAGAAGUUUGGCGCUCUUGCCGAUGACGACGACGAUAGUAUCCUCGACGAGGACAGCUUGCUUGAGAGCCCAUUAGAUAAGUUCGACCCCUAUACCGUGUUCCGAGAGAGCCUGGGCAAACUUCAAGCAGAGCAGCCACAACUUUACACUAAUUUGACGUCAAUCUUGGAGCCAGGCGACAGGGAUGUUUUGCAGAGUGUCGUCACGCAUGCUGCUCAACAGCAGCCGCAGCAGUAG